UUUUAAAUAUCAGUAGCCAAACAACUUUAAAAUGGGAAAUAAAUUGGAAAGAACAAGCCAAAUGGAUGCGCAAAUCCAAAGAUGUCCUAAUGAAGUACAGGCCUAUAUAGAAGAUCUGGAAGAUAAAUUACGACAAUAUAAAGGGAGCGAUGAUAACCCAGAAAAACAAUCUAUCAAGGAACUCAAAGCCCAGAUUUCGGAACUGCAAUCUAUAAUUAAAGAAUACAAAUCAUUAGAAAAUCAAAAUUCUGAUCUAGCAAUAAAAUAUAGCUCUGCCAUAGCUGAAUUGGAAAAAUGCCGAAAAUCCAAUGCAAUUAUAGAUGGUAAAUUUGCACAAAUUGCACACCGUAUGAAUGACGAAUUACAAAUGAAAUAUGAGAGUGCCAUGCAGGCGCUUAACGACCAGAAAAGAAAGAUGAAUCGCGCGUUUUUCGAUUUGGGAAUUGUAAGAGCCGAGUGCCAGGAGCUUCGCCAAGAAAAUUACAAUUUAAAGUUAAGAAAUCAAUCUGUCACAAGUCAACAGAAAGGCUUGAAUGAUGAAUUGCAAACAAAGUAUAAGAGUGCUAUGCUAACAAUAGAGGAGCGGAAUGGCGAGAUCAAUCAUAUGAUUUCCAAUUUGGCUCAAUUAAAGGCAGAGUGCCAGGAAUUGCGCCAAGCAAACGAAAAUUUGAAACUACAAAUCGAAGCGAAUAAACAAAAUCCAUUUGAGAAUGGAAAUCAAACUGCCACAAGCAAGCAAAUAGCCUUUGAAGAACACUAUAAGGCGCUGGAUAAUAAAUAUGUUGAUAUGCAGGAGAAAUUAUUUGAAAUGCAAUUGCAGAAUCACGAAUUAAGAACCCAGCUAGAGGAGGCCAAUAAAAAUUUGAACAGAUCCCAACAAGUCACAGCGGAACAACAGACAGCGACUAAUACCCCUGACGCUACAACAGCACCCGUCGAUGUUGGUACCUCAUCAGCCACACCUGAAACCAUGCAUUCACUUUCUUCCAGCGAUACAAGAACCGGUGACAAUAAUGUUUUAAUAAAAGGAUUCGACAGCUCACUGGAUAACAAUGAAAUAAAGUGUAUGAUCUUAACAAUGGCCGACUUAAUGGAUUUGCAAAUAAAAAAUUCUGAUAUAACAAAUAUCAGUCGAAAAGAAUCGAAAUCCUCCAGGAAAUCUAAUCGAGCGCUUAUCGUUGUGGAAUUAAAACAAAUUAAAAUUAAAAAUAACAUGCUUAAAAAUAAGGAAAAAUUAAAGAACUUCGACUCGUUCAAGGACAUUGAAAUUUGGGAUUAUAUAAGCGACGAUGUCCACCAGCUGUUUCAAUAUGCAAAAGAUUUGAAAAAUCAUGGCUUUCAAGCGGUUUAUUUGAAAAAUAAUAGCGUUUAUGCCAUAAAGAAUCGUACAACCAACAGUCGCCCAAUUCUUAUAAAAACCAGCAAUCAAGUUGAUGAACUCAAAAAUGGUUCUUAGUUGGAUGUUUACGUAACCAGCAUUAGUAAAAAACAAUCUGAAGUACCAUGUUUGGGUCUAGCCUGGUCGCAUUUGGGUCGUACACGUUUGCGCAUAUCUAAAGUGCCUAAACAGAUCAAGUAUGACGACAAGCUUC